ACGAGAAGCGCCAUGGCAUCUUUGGGGCUGCAGAUUUUAGGAGUUGCCCUGUCCUCUGUUGGGUUGCUUGGGUCUAUCAUGACCUGCAUCCUUCCAAUGUGGAGGGUUACAGCUUUCAUCGGCAACAACAUCGUGACGGCGCAGAUCGUUUGGGAGGGACUGUGGAUGUCCUGUGUGGUUCAGACCACGGGGCACAUGCAGUGCAAAGUGUACGAUUCAUUGCUCGCCCUGUCCGCGGACCUGCAAGCCGCGCGCGCUUCGCUCGUCCUCUCCAUCGUGCUCUCUGUCUUCGCCAUUCUCCUGGCGGUCGUAGGAGGCAAAUGCACCACCUGCAUCGAGAACAAAACCGUCAAGGCAAGAGUUGUCAUAUCUGCAGGGCUGUUUUUCAUCAUCAGUGGACUGCUGUGUCUCACACCCGUCUGCUGGUCAGCGCACGCCAUCAUCCGGGACUUCUACAACCCGCUCUUGAUGGACUCUGAAAGGACAAAGUGCGAAGACAUGGCAGCUUUCGGUCUGGAGUUAGUGGGAGUCACGCUCUCGGUUCUUGGCUGGCUUCUCAGCAUUGUGUGCUGUGCUUUGCCCAUGUGGAGGGUCACCGCGUUCAUCGGUAACAACAUUGUCACGGCGCAGGUGUACUGGGAGGGAAUCUGGAUGAGCUGUGUGAUUCAGAGUACUGGACAGACGCAGUGUAAAGUCUACGACUCCAUGUUGGCUCUUCCCGCAGACCUACAGGCGGCCCGUGCUCUGGUGGUGGUGUCCAUCAUUGUGGGUGUCCUUGCGCUCUUUGUCGCUAUAGUCGGGGCAAAGUGCACCAACUGCAUUGAAGAUGAAGGAGCCAAAGCCCGUGUGAUGAUCAGCUCUGGUGCUGCUUUCAUAACGGCUGCGGUCAUGCAGCUUAUUCCAGUGUCCUGGUCAGCCCACACCAUUAUUUUAGAGUUCUACAGUCCUCUUAUUCUAGAAGCUCAGAAGAGAGAAAUAGGUGCAUCUCUGUACCUCGGCUGGGCCGCCGCGGCACUGUUGCUGGUCGGAGGCUCCAUCCUGUGCUGCAGUUGCCCACCUAAGGAUAAGACAAGGUACCCACCGCAAAGUCGUAUUGCCUACUCAGCCCCCCACUCAAUGGCUCCGAGUACCUACAACAAAAGAGACUAUGUCUGAGGACCUCAGAACACUUAGAUUUUUUCUUUCAUUGAAAGAUAAUUGUGAGUUGAGUUGGAGGUAACUCAAAAUGUAGUUUACUUUUUCUCCAUGUGACUAUUUCUACAUGCUGUUGUUUUGUCCAAUGAGUGUCCAUUGUCACUCCACACUUUUUUUU